UUCAUUUCGCUUCGACAACGUUAACCAACAAGUUGUGUAUCGCGCAUCGUUGUGCGUCUGCAACGCGGUUAACAUUUUCAUAACUUGGAUUAUAUUUAUAUUGAUUGGAUUACCCUUUCAUAAAACAUUGGAUAACGCUAAAGCAACUGGGAUUACUUUCGUGAAUUACUGUCAUCAUGAUUGCAAUUAAAUUAUCUAAUUGCGUAUAUUUUUGUGCGAUCAUCGUUUUAACGAUAGCCGCAAUAACAUUAGGACAACAAGAGUCAUUCUUACGUAAACCAUGGCCACAAUACAGUCUGCAUAAUAUGCCAAAAACACAAUUCACAUGUCACGACAAAAUACUUGGAGGUUAUUAUGCAGAUCCGGAGGCUCAAUGUCAAAUGUUUCAUGUAUGCGUUAAAGUUGCUGGAGUUGGGGUAAGCUAUGUACAAGAUUUUCGUUUUCUUUGUCCGAAUGGUACCGCUUUCGAUCAGGAAGCGCAAAUAUGUGCCAACUGGGGUGAUGUCGAUUGUGAUCAAUCUGUUUUAUAUUACGGUAGUGAUAAUUUUGAUUUGUAUCGUUUGGGUUCCGGGUAUGAGAGUAAACGAGCUCCGGCUGCCGAAGAAGAUGAAUCUACUUUCCAUUUGCAACGAGCCGAAAGUGGCGAUAUAAGACGUUUCAAUGAGAGGCGUAUAGAUCAAAAGUCACGACCUGAUCAACCUCCCAACUAUACCAAGCAUUUUGAAAGCGUCACGCGUAAUACAGUUAAUCACAUUGCAAAUACAAAUUACAAGGAGGGGGCAAAACGAAAAUCCGAAACCACUAAGAAACCUAUAGUAAGUUAUUACACGCCUACCAGCACAACUACAGAACAACAUUACGAUGAAUCAAAACAGGAUUUCGAUGAUUUCUUGAAAGGUUCGCAUAGCUCCAAUUUUUUCGUCAAUCGUAAUGGUGGGCAUGAGGAGGAUUACUUAGAGCAUUCUAAAAAGUUGAAACCAAACGAUUUUAGUGACUUCAAUAAGAAAUCUGAAUCUACUACUAUAGGUAAAAGUCGGGUAUCGACAAUUAAGAUUAAACGACCACUUCAGCAGUCUUCAAUUGACUUGAACUUGAUUACCACUCCGACAAGCCCCAAACCAACUAAAAGGGUUACAAUUCAAGCUUAUUCGAAUACGCCAUCGAGUGCGACGAUAUCGACAACAACGUUUAAGCCAUUCCAAAAUAGUUUGAAUAAAAUCAAUUUCGGUUCCAACGAUUAUGAAACACAAGCUAAAAUUCAGCCCACCACUUAUAAUCCGAAUCGUUUGAAGAGCACAACUAUAAAAUAUAAUGAGCUGAAGCGUGACAAGGCUGUUGCUUUAGACAGUUACCAAAACAAAGGCAAUUACCAAAAUAAACCCAUUGGUGGCAAUUCUAGGAAAGUGCAGAAAUUCGAAGAAGCUUUGCAAAAAUCUGAAGAUUUCAAUAAUUUCAAAGAAUUUUCCAGAGCUAAGCCGCAACAACCGCAACCAUUCAAAUCUCAAAAACCAAUAAAGCCUUUGGAUGAUUCGAUUAAAGCCGAACCCCAAUAUCAACGUAUAAGAAGUCAAAGCGUUAGAGGCAAUAAUCAACAGCCGCCGGCACCGUUUAGUGCUCCUCAAAGACAAUCGGCAAGCAAGACAGUAGAUCCUAAUAAAACGAAACUGGCGAUAAACAAUGAUAGCAAACCUCGAGGAUUCGCCAAUCGUGGCAAGAUAAACUUUAAAGCCAGUACUCAGUACGAUUAUUAUGAAAAUUAUCGCACUACUACAAGUGAUCAAAAGAAAUUUUCCACUUUAGUGACCAAAGAUAAAUACACGCCGACCACCUUUAAACCGUUUAAGAAAACUGAUGAGCGUAAUUUCUAUCAGGCUCCGCAAGCUAUAAAACCACAAAAUCUCGCUCACAAAUCGACAAACACUUUGAUCAAGACAAAUAUUGAACCUACCACGGCCAGCCCGUAUUAUAAUCCUGAUGAAGAUGAUGGCCAAUAUCAUCCGGAGUUAUAUGAAUUAGAUUACAGUAGAAAUCGUUUCAAUUUGCAAAGGUCUACAUCAACUACAGGUGGUAUCGUAACCAGUACAACCCCGAGACCUUUCAGUACUUUCCAAAAUCCUGCCAUACAUUUAAAAAGUCAACAGCAUACAUCGUUCCUAAAAGAACAAGAAGCUCUGUCGGAUUUCAGUGAUGAAGAUGAUCUUUUUAAAACGGCUCAGUCAUUGAAUUUUGGCGCGGCCAGUAUUAAUAAGCUACGUGCCGAUAUAAUUAAAGCUGAGAAAACGUCACAACAAUAUAAUUCACAAUAUAAUCCUCAUAAUUCUUAUUUUGCUAGUCCUAACACUACCACUACUACAUCGGCUCCUAAGCACACAAGUACCACAUUAAAUUAUUAUACGCAGCCAUCUAUCUAUUCCAGUACACAAACUUCUUUCAAGCCUAAUGCAUAUGCAGCGGACAAUUUUAUUUUUACUAGCACAACCAGUAUUCGACCUUCGACAAUAGUGUAUAGUAGUAGUAGCAGUACCAGUACAACUACAACUACACCACGUCCUCCACCAGCUUUCUACAAGAAAGGCGAAAAAUCUACUAAUGGAAAAUCUUCGAAAUCUUCGAAAGGACAAAGCAGUAAAAAGACAUCGAAACGUCCGCCACACGCUGAUGAAGACACUAGUUACGAUUAUGCUUAUUACGAUACGGAUACUUUAAGUGAGUCACCGCAAGAAUAUCAAGAUUAUGAAAUUGCAGAAUUUGCUAGAACAAGAAAAAAUUGAACACUAUUCUAAAGCUAAAUAAAGAGCAAAAUAAUGUCGCAGAGAGAGAGAGAGAGGGGGAGAGAGAGAGAGAGAGAGAAGGGAAAAAUUAUAGUAACUCCCUGCAAAAAGUCUAGAUGUUUCUAAAAGAUAACAACAACACUAAUAACAAUAACAACAACAACAACACGAACAACAACAGUAAAAUGACUUAAUCCGAUACUUAAGAUAAUUUUAUGCAACAGUAACUAGCCUUCAUGAUCAUUAAACUGAUGAUGAUGAUACACACACACAUACAUUUUUAAUGGCUUAAGCAAUCAUUGUUUUCCGUUUCCGGUGCCACAUUUAUAAAUAAUCUUGCAAUACAAAAUUUUCACAGUUUCUUAUUCAUUUCAUUCUCUACGCUAUACUAUUCUACUUUAUAUUUGCGCGUAAUCUUCUUUUCUUUUUUUUUUUUCUAGUUAU